AUGUCAUCACCAUCAACAAAACUGAGAGCUGCCAUUCUCGUCGUCUCUGAGACCGCUUCGAAAGACCCAUCGACCGACAAAUGCAUCCCGGUCUUGCAACAAGUCUUCGCGGAGAGCGGGGGCGAUCAAUGGACCGCCGAGACGACGAGCAUCGUGCCGGAUAAUGUUCUGCAAAUUCAGCGCGCAAUUACAAAGUGGACAGAUGCUGAAGAUCAUGUGAAUCUGAUAGUGUCCAGCGGAGGGACUGGUUUCGCGCAGAAAGACGUUACACCCGAGGUGAGGACCUCUUCUGUGUCGGUCUUGGGGCCAAAGCGUGCCUCAGCCAAGAUAUACACGGUAUCGAACUACGAACGCAGAGCUGAUGUCGUCUCAUCCUUCAGGCUGUCUCACCGCUACUCCAUAAGCAUGCGGCAGGUCUGGUUCAUACAAUGCUCUCCGCCUCCUUGGCCGUAACUCCAUGUAAGUUGCCCAAGAAAUGUCGCGAGCAGUCCACCGAUUGAAACUUCACAGUCGCCGCUAUGGCCCGACCGGUCGCAGGUGUUCGCAAUAGAAGUCUUAUAGUAACUUUACCUGGAUCACCAAAAGGAGCGAAAGAGAACCUGGAGGCCAUCUUGAAGCUCUUGCCCCAUGCUUGUCAACAGGCCGCAGGUGCUGACUCUCGAUCGCUGCAUGUCGGCGGUGUGAAGAAGCUGGAGAAAGACGCCAAUGUCUCUGCAACUGGCGGACACUCGCAUGGUAAUCAUUCCCACUCCCAUUCUCACAGCCAUGGCCAUGGACAUGGUCAUGGUCAUCAUGGUCCGAAAGCGCACACCAAGCCAGAAGAUCGACCAAUGGCAAACGAUCCAAACGCAGGUGCCGCAAGACGAUAUCGCGAAUCACCAUAUCCUAUGCUAUCGGUCGAAGAUGCUUUGGAGCAGGUGUCACAGCACACUCCAGAACCAAAACUCACCAAAGCCAAAGUCGAUGAAAAUUUAGUUGGCUCUGUCUUGGCGGAGGACGUUACUGCCAAUGAAUCCGUCCCUGCCUUUCGAGCUAGUAUUGUUGAUGGCUAUGCAAUCCUUGCAUCGAAACAUGUCCUGGUCCCGAGCACCAAGGGCGUCUUCCCCGUGAUAAGCAUUUCGCAUGCACAAGCCGGGCCAGAUGAUAGCAUACCUGAGCUACGCAGUGGCGAAGUUGCUCGCAUCACAACCGGUGCUCCUCUUCCACCUGGUGCUACUGCUGUCGUCAUGGUAGAGGAUACCGUUCUUCGUUCCAUGACCGACGAUGGUAAAGAGGAGAAAGAGGUUGAGAUACUGACCGAUGACAUCGAGCCAGGCGAAAAUGUUCGCGAGGUGGGCAGCGAUGUCAAAGCUGGCGACGUGAUCAUGAGGAAAGGCGAAGGUAUAACGGCUGCAGGUGGCGAAUUCGGACUGCUGGCAUCUGUCGGCACUCAAGAGGUCACGGUUUACCGCAAGCCCGUCGUAGGCGUACUAAGUACGGGUGACGAAAUUAUAAACCACGACCGGCCGGGCGAGCUCAGACUUGGAGAAGUCCGGGAUACAAACAGACCUACGCUCCUGACUGCGGUGCGGGCAUCUGGCUUCGAAGCGAUAGAUCUCGGCAUUGCCUCCGACAAGUAUGCGACCCGAUCGAAGGCUGGUGAAACGACGCUAACUGUCCUACAGACCAGGUGCUCUUGAAGAAACACUCCGAUCGGCCAUGCGCCAAGUAGACGUGAUCAUAACUUCCGGCGGCGUGUCCAUGGGUGAGCUUGAUCUCCUCAAGCCUACAAUCGAACGCUCUCUUGGAGGCACCAUUCAUUUCGGACGAGUAUCGAUGAAGCCGGGAAAGCCCACCACUUUCGCUACAGUUCCUUUCAAAUCCAACUCAGGCGAGUCGGUGAGAAAGGUCAUAUUCUCACUCCCCGGAAAUCCCGCAUCGGCCGUUGUGACAUACCACCUCUUUGUGUUACCCUCUCUGCACAAAAUGUCAGGCAUCAGUCCAGCUGGCCUUCCGAAGAUCAAAGUCGUGCUUGACCACGACGUCAAGAUGGAUCCAAACCGCAACGAAUACCACCGUGUGAUUGUCACGACUCGGAGUGACGGUCUGUUGCAUGCCACAAGUACUGGCUUCCAGCGCAGCUCGAGGAUCGGGAGUUUCAAGGGUGCCAACGCGCUGCUGUGUUUACCGGCGAAAGAAGGAUCCUUAGCGAAGGGCGGAACGACUGAUGCACUGCUGAUGGGAAAGAUUGUUAGUGAGAUUUCGAAUCUCUGA